UGCCGAAGAAACGGGAUAAACCUGAAAAGAACUGGGGUGAAAAAACAACGACACCACAUAGGCACCGUGUUUAAACAAUGGCAUAACGAACCAGUCCAUAAAUAGGACCACGCCGCUUGAUCGAGUCCCGUGAGAAACUCAGAUGUUGUCGUCGCUUGUGUUUUGCGCUUUUUAUCCUUUCUCCUUGCGCGCUGCUGGUACAAAGGCGCUUGGUGUGGAGCAACAGCAGCACCUGAGAUCACUGCCGUAUGAAUGGAGUGAGAGUAAACGGACCUACUAUCACGAACAAACCCAGAAUAGUAGCCAGUGAGUAAACCACGCAGGAUUAAAUCACUUUCUUCUGUUUUCCUAUCUCCCUGGGAGCCAGAUCCCAGUGUCACCCCGCGAGGACAGAUGCUGUCAUUGUGUCGAGGCUGAGAUUGAACAAAAAAAAAAUCUUCUAAAAGUGUCUUUUCCCGUAAUAAUGCAUGAGAAAGACGCGCGUUAUUGCAGCUUUUUGUUCAUUUUUAUGCCUCACACAUUCCCAGCUAUUGCUCUGGCUGAACAGCCGGUUUCUCUUGUUCAGAAUGGGAUUGAUUGUAUCUGCGCAGCACACGACAAGUGUCAGCAAUUAGACAGUGUGUUUCUGCACGGGUUACCUAAAGGCCUGUUUUAAACACCGUCACUUUAAGUGGCCAUUGUUGUCGAUAAGGAGUCAGUGGCGAACUGGACUAAAGAAAAGAACAAGGGCUGCCUUUGCUUGAAUACCUCGGCGUGUGUGAACCGGGGUCGAUCACAGGAAUAAAUCAGGCACAAUAUGGUGGAGCCGGUGGGAUUCACCGAAGCGUGGAAAGCGCAAUUCCCAGAGUCCGACCCCCCCAAAAUGGAGCUGCGAUCAGUCGGAGGUAUCGAGCAUGAGCUGGAGAGGUGCAAAGCGUCCAUCAGGCGCCUGGAGCAGGAGGUGAACAAGGAGCGUUUCCGCAUGAUCUACCUGCAGACCCUCCUGGCUAAAGAGAGGAAGAGCUAUGACAAGCAGCGGUGGGGCUUCAGAAAGACGCCGCUGGGCGAGGGAAUGGACCCCGCGGCCACACAGGGCGCUGAGUGCCAGUCCCAGCAGCCACACAUGCAGGAGACUGGUGGAGUUGGAGUAGGAGUGGUUGGUGGAGUGUAUGGUUGUGGCAGUGUUGAUAGGAUCCGUUAUCAGGCUACUGGAGAUGGAACUGGAAGGUCCAAACCCAGGCCUCCACCAGCCAGGAAGUCGGCCUCGCACGGAGAUGGCCUGGAGUCAGCCUUCGAGGUUCACCCGCAGGUGGAGUCCACAUCUUGUGACAACCUAGAUGGCCUCUCGCCCUCAAAGCAGAGAGGUGGCAUCUCAGUCUCUCCCCGCAGGAUCAACGUUCCGCCUACAGAGAAGGACCUGCCCUCUGACCCCAAGGACAAGCUGGGGAUGGGACUUGGAGUGGCAGCUCUUAGGUCCAACUUCGAAAGGAUCAAACGGGCCAACUCUCACACUGCUGGGGAGGCAGCAAAGGGCCAGGAGAAGCAGUUGCCGCCACCUCCACCGCCAUUCUACUCUAACAUGGAAUUCCACCAAGACCGGGGUCUGAUCAGGGUCAACGACCGUGAAGUCUCGGACAAGAUCAGCUCCCUGGGCAGCCAGGCCAUGCAGAUGGAGCGAAAGAGAUCUCUUCAUUCCCUCCCAGGUAACCUGGCAACGGUAGCAGGGGAGCUCCGUGCCAGGCCGGUGUACAGAGGCCGCUCCACUGAAAGCACCUGUGGCUAUGACGCAGAAUAUGAAGAUGGGGAACCGAACCAGCGACAUUCAGGGAGGGCCAAUGGUGGCAAACCUCCACCUCCUCCUUGGCAGCCCUCGGAGUUCCAGGCUUACUCUAGUGUCUAUGUCGGCGGAGUGAUGAUGGGUGAAGGAGGCGUUGGAGGUGUUGGAGGAAGUGGUAGUGGAGUCGCUAUGAGGGAUCUUGGGGGAGGUGAUGACCACCUGCUGACCUGGCCACGCCGUUCAUACUCCCCAGGGAGCUUCGAGGAUGUCGGAGGAGGAGGCGGCUACACGCCUGACUGCAGCUCUAACGAGAACCUGACUUCCAGUGAGGAGGACUUCUCCUCAGGUCAAUCCAGCCACGUCUCACCCAGUCCCACCACGGCCUUCCGCCGGCCUUUUAGAGAGAAGAGCCGCUCUCCUUCCCAAAACUCCCAGAACUCCCAGCAUUCGUUCGACAGCAGCAGCCCGCCGACGCCGCAGUCCCAGAAACGACACCACCGGCAGCAGGGAGGCCAUGUGGUCAUGUCUGAAGCCACUAUUGUGAGCGUUCGCAAGACCGGUCAAAUCUGGCCACCUGCUGCCCAUCAUGACCUCGUGCCCCACGGUAGAACAUCCCAUGACAACAGUUUCCAUGGAGACCAUCUAGAUGGUCAUUUCACCGGGACCCCUCCGUCUUACGGUUACGAUGCAGAUCGCGCAGAGGAACAGCGAAGGCACCACGAGAUCCUGCCGUACAUCGAUGACUCGCCGUCGUCUUCACCGCACCUCAGCUCCAAAAGUCGCAGCAGCCGGGACACACUCUCCUCCGGAUCGCUAGAGUCCUCCAAGUCGACUGAAUGUGACCUGGAAAAGGGCUUGGAGAUGAGGAAGUGGGUCCUGUCUGGGAUCUUGGCCACCGAGGAAACAUACCUCAGUCAUCUGGAGGCACUACUGCUUCCGAUGAAGCCUCUGAAGGCCGCAGCUACGACGUCGCAGCCUGUGCUCACUGUGGCUCAGAUAGAAACCAUCUUCUUCAAAGUGCCUGAGCUCUACGAGAUCCACCGGGAGUUCUACGAUGGACUUCUGCCCCGCGUCCAGCAGUGGAGCCACCACCAGAGAGUCGGGGACCUCUUCCAGAAACUGGCCAGCCAGCUUGGAGUUUACCGAGCGUUUGUGGACAACUAUGAGCUGGCUGUUGAGACGGCGGAGAAGUGCUGCCAGGCCAACACACAGUUUGCUGAAAUCUCUGAGAACCUGAAGGUGAGGAGCCCAAAGGACUCUAAGGACCAGACGGCCAAGAACUCUCUAGAAGCGCUGCUUUAUAAACCAGUGGACAGAGUGACUCGCAGCACUUUGGUACUUCAUGACUUGCUCAAACACACGCCCACCAGCCACCCGGAUCACCCGCUCCUGCAGGACGCCCUGCGGAUCUCCCAGAACUUCCUGUCCAGCAUCAACGAGGAGUCGACGCCCCGACGGCAGUCCAUGACUGUCAAGAAGGGAGAGAACCGGCAGCUUCUGAAGGACAGCUUCAUGGUGGAGCUGGUGGAGGGAGCCAGGAAGCUGCGGCACGUCUUCCUCUUCUCAGAUCUGCUGCUCUGCGCCAAGUUGAAGAAACAGAUCGGAGGUAAAAACCAACAGUAUGACAGUAAGUGGUACAUCCCCCUGACCGAGCUGACCUUCCAGGGGCCCGAGGAAGCAGAGCCACUCACUAUCCCACAGGUCCCCGAUGAAGAGCUGGAUGCCAUGAAGGUCAAGAUCUCACACCUCCGCAGUGAGAUUCAGAGAGAGAAGAGAGCAAACAAGGGCUCAAAAGUCAUCGACCGUCUGAGAAAGAAGCUGUCCGAGCAGGAGUCAAUGCUCCUCCUAACGUCUCCGAGCUUGCCCAUUAGAGUCUACAACAAGAACGGCAAGAGUUACAGUUUCCUGAUUUCGUCCGACUAUGAGCGCGCAGAGUGGAGGGAGAUAAUGAAGGAACAGCAGAAGAAAUGUUUGAAAACGUCCUCCUUGACCUCCAUGGAGCUGCAAAUGCUGACCAGCUCCUGUGUCAAACUGCAGACUGUACAUCACAUCCCACUUAGCAUCAAUAAAGAAGAGGAUGAAUCCCCCGGUCUCCACGGGUUCCUGAAUGUAAUCGUCCACUCGGCCUCCGGCCUCAAACAGAGCUUGAAUCUCUACUGCACAAUGGAGGUGGAUUCCUUUGGCUUCUUUUCAAAUAAAGCCAAGACGAGAGUGUAUCGAUACACUACUGAACCCAAAUGGAACGAGGAGUUUGAGAUCGACCUGGAGGGCUCUCAGACCCUGAGGCUGCUCUGCUACGAGAAGUGUUACAACAAGACCAAGCAGAACAAAGAGGAUGGAGAGAGCACAGACCGCAUCAUGGGGAAAGGACAGAUCCAACUUGACCCUGCAUCUCUCCAAGGCAAAGACUGGCAGAGAACGGUUAUUCCAAUGAACGGGAUCGAGGUUAAACUUUCAAUAAAGUUCACCACCCGAGAGUUCAGCCUGCAGAGGAUGCCCUCACGGAAACCAAUGGGCGUGUUCGGAGUCAAGAUCUCCACCGUGACCAAGCGAGAGCGCUCCAAGGUGCCCUACAUUGUCCGGCAGUGUCUGGAGGAGAUUGAGAGGAGGGGGAUGGAGGAGGUGGGCAUCUACCGAGUAUCAGGAGUGGCCACUGACAUUCAGGCCUUGAAGACCGCAUUUGACACCAAUCAUAAAGACGUGUCAGUGAUGAUGAGUGAGAUGGAUGUAAACGCCAUCGCUGGGACCUUGAAGCUGUACUUCAGAGAGUUGCCAGAGCCGCUCUUCACUGAUGAUCUCUACCCUAACUUUGCAGGCGGCAUCACCCUGUCUGAUAGUGUUGCCAAAGAGAGCUGCAUGUUGAACUUACUGCUGUCACUGCCGGAACCCAACCUGGUCACAUUCCUUUUCCUGUUGGAUCACAUGAAGAGGGUGGCAGAUAAGGAAAGCAUCAACAAGAUGUCUCUCCACAACCUGGCGACAGUUUUCGGGCCGACUUUGCUGAGGCCUUCCGAGAAGGACAGCAAGAUCCCCGCGAACCCCACCCAGCCCAUCAGCAUGGGAGACAGCUGGUCCCUGGAAGUCAUGGCCCAGGUCCAGGUGUUGCUGUACUUCCUCCAACUGGAGACGAUCCCCACCCCGGACAGUAAAAGACAGAGCAUCCUCUUCUCCACUGAAGUAUAGAGCUAAUAUUGACUCUUCCGCCCUGACACUUUGACCAUGGAGGAGUGAAAUGAGAUGGACCGUGGCUCAAAGUGAGCCUAUAGUAGGAUGUUUUUGAAUUGACUGACCAGACUCUUGCAGAUGGAAAAGAUUGUCUCUGGUGAUUGCCUGCCCUCCUCAAACACAAGAGGGCGCCAUUGGACCUCCAAAGCUCUGAGGAUGCAAGGGCCUUGGUGUUGAUAUCUCUCAUUACAUGAUAUUUAGUAAGAUUCCUUCAUUGAAUACAUUCACCAUCUACAUUUCUCCACCAUGCUCUUGUUGGUCUUAACAGCUUUAAUGCAACUGUGGUUCAAAAAUCAAGAACAAAACACCUCUUUCGUGAUCCUUGAAUUAGUUUGCCAUCAAAUCUGAAUUUCCAUGUUAGUGCGUGUUGCGCAUUGUUCUCUAUCUGUGUUUAUUUUGGACAAUCAUCUACUCAAGACUUUUGCAUUAUCCAUCUCAAACAUUGCUUCAUGUCCUGAUGAGGUAAAUCUUAACUGUGUUUUAUAUAAUCUCAGCCCAUUGUUUCUGAGAAGACAAGAGGACACAUUUGUGAGAGAUAUAAAUGAACAUCGGCAGGAUACUGGCUUUUGUUCUUUGGGUGAGGAGGCCAACUCUAUGUUUUAGUGUUUACAACGUAAACAAAUCCUGAUGGGAGUCAGAGACAAACGCUACAGCUUGAAGAAGAACAAAAAAAAAAGGAACCCGAUGAUUAGUAAUACACUGCAAUCUGACUGCCUGCGGUUUUCAAGGCCAUAAAAGCAAAUGUCCUCUAUUUGUGUGGUUUGUGUCUCAAGGUAGUCUUCAGCUUGAAUACCGAGGAAGCAAUAUAUUUUCUAACAUAGGAAUUGUCUGUGUUCAUAUCAUUGCGGAUGAAAAGUCCUUCCUACUGUAACAUAGGACAUCUUGCCAAAAGUCAUAUGUUUCAUUGUUUGACGAAAAAAUAUGAGGCGGUUGUAUUUACAGAUACAGUGUGUACAUAAUCUUAAAUAUUUUAGUUCUUUCUUUUUGUUUAACAGUAUAAUCAUUGAUGCUAUUAUUGUAAUUUAUUUUGGGAUGGGGGGGGGGGUUGGUUUGUUUUUCCAUGUGAGCUCUUUUUCUGUUUUGAUUCUGAAAGUGGUAGGUCUUAGCCUUGACUUUAAGUCUUGCCUUGUUCUUAUAGAAACUACUCAGCUGUUCUGUCCAGCCUCUUGAUUAUUCAUUUAGAUAUUAUUAUUGAAGGUAACAAACACAUUGUAGUUACAUACUGUAUGCUGCUGUGGAAAAGGCACAAGCUCUUUAACUGCUGGGUGUUCCUCUGCAAGAAAUGUCUCACAUCCAGAGACCGUCGCCUGUCUAGUGUAGACAAUAUGCAAUGUCAUAAUAGAGCACACACACUCCCACAUAUAUGACAUUGUCUCAUUUUGUACCAUUUAAUCAUUGGCUGCAGAUGUGCACUCACGCAAUGUUAGAACUACUGUAUUACAAUUUAAGUGACCUGAGCACUCUGCAUUUAUGUCCAAUGAAGAGCAUAUCUGUUGGUUUUUAUGAAGGAAUAUUACUUUGUUUCAUCUUCUCCUGAACAGUGAAAUGUCCUUAUAAUUCUUUGUCCCUUUUUAAAUGUUCUUCAUACGGUUAAUGAUGGAGGUGUCCAACACAAUGGCCAUUUUAAAAGAAAGCUCUUAAGAUGUUUUUUUUUAUUCUAAAAAGUACAUAUUUCUCAUUUUAAGUUCAGUUUCCUAGAUUUAACAUGCAGGCAUGUUUUAUUGUUUUUCAAAUGUUUAUGUUAUUGCUGUCUUUUUCACAGUUGUGUCAUCAUGUGGGAUGUUUGUAACUCGUGAGUAUCUGGUUUACAUUAUCGCAGCAUAUCCUUCUCAUGCCAAGGGUAAAUAUCACAGUUGUUUCCCUACAUCUUAGAUAUAAAACCAAUUGACCAGUUAAGUGGGUCUGAUAAGGGCUUGUGUGCUUGUGUCCAUGUUUAAGAUGACGUAGGGGAGUCAAUGUUAUUAAUAACACAUUUUAAGUUGUUAACAUAAAUGUCUUGGACUUUUUAAGGCAAGAGAAUUCAUAGUUAGAUGCAUAUCAACUCUCUAAACUUAAUGAUAAAAUACACAAAACCAUCAUUACAUCAGCCCAAAUUAUCUUGAGCUUUUAUUCUUAAAGUCUUCAUGCCUUCUGUCCCACUUUUGAUGUACUUCCACAAGUUUUGGCCUACUGUAGCAUGCCCACAUAUUUUCAUCAUCUAUAAGUAAGGAUGUGAGACACCGGAUGAAUCCACCACUCAUUCAUUCGUCUGCCACCCUUUAAAACAAGUCCCAAUUGCCUACACUACUCUACCCUAUCGUGCCUCGACACUUUUUUUUUUUUUUGUUAAGCGCCUGUGGUACUCUGAAACAUUGUUCAGUCUCCUGUUGCCUUUGCUGAGGACAGCCACACACCUUCCAUCUCUUAAAGACUAAGACAGGACCUUAACCUUAAGCACGGUCUUAGCUCAUACUGUACAUGCUCUACUGUCACCGUCAUCGUUCUGUGAUGCUGUAAUUUAAAAAGUCAGUCUUAAAACAUUUUUGUCCUUGUUUUGGCUCUUAAACUUUCAGCUCCUUUUAUUCUAAUUUAUUUAUGUUUUGUCCCUGUUUGGUAUAAGAAGGUCUCUUAAUUCUAUUUAUUUAUGAUAUAAUAUCAUCUGAAGCUAUAUUAAUGUGUAUGGUGUACUUUCUUUGGGAAAACGUAUGUCUUAUUUUACAGUUUGUUUGUUGCUAUUUUGUCCCAGAAUCACAACCCCUCCAAACACCUACAAAAGCCCAUUUAUCAUCUCUGUAGUUUGAUGUGUUGUACAACUUGUUGUACAGACUGGCCACUGUGAGUGUUUAGCUAUCUGAGUGAGUAACUGAAUAGCAGAUGCAGGUUCUUGUCAAUCGAAAAGGGUAGAUUUUGUGAGUUCACACAAUUUAAACUUCUCUCAUUUUCCACGAAGUUGUAUAAUAUGUAUUAUACUAGAGAGUACAUUAUCUGGUUUCUGUUCUUAUUUAUUGUGGCGUCCCCUGACGUGAUCGUCAAGGGUUGAGCCGGUACGCCUCCAGUCUUUUUCAAAAGACAAGCUGUCAGUGUAUGGUAGAGGAGAUAAGAGUGUUAUAUUGCUCUAAAAUCUGCAUUGUUUUUGGUCUGUUGAUUGUCAGUGUAACUGCAUGUACCCUCCAUAACCUCAGUCCCUCUGUACAUGAACAAGUAAAUACAACAAAAAAGGUUUAAUUUAUCUGUGGAAUAGCCUGAAGAUGUGGAACAUAUUGCUCUAUAUGAAAGUUCUCCUGCAUUUAUUUUACAUGGUAAUUAUCACAUUCCCAUAAUACUGUCAAAUGACCCUCUGCUGCCAUUUCUACGACACCAGACUUACAUUAAGUUAGACUACCUGACUCUUUGGAAAUAUACCAGUUUUUGUUUUAUUUGGCACACAAUAUUAAGCUGAGAAUGAGACUUGCUGACAAACCACAAAUACUUUUUCUUGUUCAAUAUUCAGUGUUCUGCUUGUAGAACUGUAAAAAGGAAUACUGUGUUCUGAGGGCAAACAUGUUUGGAAGGCAUUUGCAGCCUAUGUUUGUACACAAAAAUGUUAAAUAAAAUCUCCUUGUAUCUACAUUGAA